UUUCCAGGAAUAAAAAAUACUUCUUUUCCAGGAUAAAAUAUUCCUUCCCCUUGAAGGCAGCAACAAAAUUCUCUAAGACUUCCCCAGUACCUCUGGUAACAAAAACUUUCCUGUUUUGCAUGGAAUUUCCACAUUUUUAUCCUGAUCCCUUCUUCCUGAUGUGUGGAUUCAUUAAGCCACCACUGAAAUAUUUUUCUCCCCUGUAAUCACAGCUAAAUUCCCACAAGCUAAAAUGCCAGCAGGACAGGAUGGAAUUCUUUUGGAUUUCUGCACCGUGGAUGAGGUCAGGGUGGAUAAUCUUUGAACUCCCUCCCAGAUCCAUAAAUCCCUAAAUCCUAAAUUUCUGAGCUGGCCUAGACCAGAGACGUUCUGGGAUAUCUGGAGCACUGCCAGAGAAAUCCUUUAUCAAUCCAGGCCUUUUCCAUGCUUUCCUUGGAAUAAGCUGAUGACGUCUGGAUGGGAAUGGGAAGUUGUUAUCGGAGCUCCAGCGGGGUCGUUAUCGCUCGCAGGGUCUCGGAGCUCUCAGAUUUUGGCUCUGGAUUUUGUGCAGAUAAGGAAUUUGGGUUUUUCUGCAGGAGAUAAAACAACUCAGAGGUGCCUCCUCAAUGUUUACAUCAUCCCUGGGGUGUUCCAGAAACCUUUUCAAGGAAAUUCCUCUUUUAUUUACUCUGAAUUCUUUCUUGUGGUGCCGCUCCACAGGUUUGGGAACAGGAAACUCCAAUCCUGAUCUCCCACCUGCUGCUGAGCCUCAUUAAAUCAGGAAAUGAAAACUGGGAGCUGUGGGUGUCGUCUUUGCAAACUCCUGAAGUUCUGAGAGGAUUGGGAACAGGUUUUGUGGGAUGGGGAAGUGCUGGGAUUUAUUUCUCACUCUCUCAGCUGAGCUGUGCGACUGCAACAUCAAUAACUCCGUCAGACACGAAGAAUUUCCUCUUUUUGCUCCUGUUUUUAAACCAGGAAUCUUUUUACCCCCCCUCAGCUUCAGGGAAUUUGGGCAUAUCAGGGGACACGUUUUUGUCCCACCUGAUGCAGCUCUCACCGAAAGUCUGUGGACCAAGUUUCCCAUUCCUCGGAGGCAGCUCCCAGGACAAGGCAGAGCCGAGCAGCAGGAGCCAGGAGGAGCUGGAAGAGGAGUGGACACAUCGAGAGAGACUGAAGUGACUGGUGAGAACCUCCUGAGGAAAUCCAGCAAGGCCAAUUUGGGUUCUUCUCCUGUGCCUGGUGAGAACCUCCUGAGGAAAUCCAGCAAUUUGGGUUCUUCUCCUGUGCCUGGUGAGAACUUCCUGAGGAAAUCCAAAAAUGUCAGUUUGGGUUCUUCUCCUGUGCCUGGUGAGAACUUCCUGAGGAAAUCCACAAAUGUCAAUUUGGGUUCUUCUCCUGUGCCUGGUGAGAACUUCCUGAGGAAAUCCAGCAAGGCCAAUUUGGGUUCUUCUUCUGUGCCUCAGCUCCAAUCCCAGCCAGGCUCCCACUCCAAACCUGUCCUGCCUCCAAUCCCACCUGGACAGAAAAGCACCGACCCCUGAUGGUCACUUCCAUCCCAAUUUUUGUCACGCUGACACUUUCUAACCCCGCUUUUCAUCUCUUUCUCUUCAAAAAAGUAAAAUCUAUCAAAUAUUA